AUGCAAAUCUUGGAUCUUAGUGAAGUUCUUGUGAUUUAUACUUUAUUAGGAGGUUUUAUAGUGCUAUUUGGUCUAGUGUCUUUAAUAGUAAAAGAAAGGCUAUAUUUAAGUGAAGCUCUGGUUGCUUUAUUAAUGGGUUUAAUAAUAGGUCCUGCUUGUUUUCACCUGGUUGAUCCGACGAAAUGGGAAUCAAAAAUAACCGAAGAAUUAACGCGAAUUGUACUUGCAAUUCAGAUUAUGACUGCGGCAAUAAAUUUACCGAGAGCGUAUAUUACACGACAAUACCUUUCCAUGAUUAUAAUGUUGUUGCCAGUUAUGGUUUGGAUGUGGAUCACUAGUGCUGUAAUAAUAUAUUUCUUUAUCCCAUCGAUAACAUUUACAGAAACUUUAUUGAUAGCUUCGUGUAUAACUCCAACCGAUCCGAUCCUUGCAAACUCUGUGGUGCAAGGUUCUUUUGCAGAGAAACAUAUUCCAAUUCAUGUGAGACAUCUUUUAUCUGCAGAGAGUGGAGUGAAUGAUGCACUUUAUUUGUUAGAGUCACCUAAUGAUAUUGGCACUGUUUUAAGUAAAUGGGUUUAUUUCGUUUGGGGUUAUCAUAUAUUAUUUUCAAUAUUGGUCGGUUUCGUGAUUGGCUGGGGUGCAAGAAAGUUGUUGAGAUUAGCCAAGAGUCGCAAUUGGAUUGACAAAGAGUCUUUUUUAGUAUUCGCCUUCGCAUUAGCGAUAUUUAUCGUUGGUAGCGUGAGCAUUUUAGGUUCAGACGCUUUAUUAUCUUGCUUUAUGGCAGGUACCUCUUUUUCAUGGGACGAUUGGUUUCGAGAGGAAACUUACGAUGCUCAUUUACAAGAAGUUAUUGAUUUGCUCCUCAACCUUACCACUUUUAUAUAUAUCGGUGCAAUGAUUCCAUGGUCUUCGUUUUCUUCUGAAGAACUUUCUUUAAAGCAUCUUAUUCCUAUUAGCAUCUUUAUCUUGAUUUUUAGACGGCUACCAAUAAUAAUCGCACUUAAAAAAUUUAUCCCCGCUAUACACACUUUUAAAGAGUCGGUGUUCGCAGGUUAUUUUGGUCCAAUUGGAGUAGGAGCGAUAUUUUUAGCCGUGACAGUCGAAAAAGAAAUUAAAAAAAGUCUUGAUCAACCGGAAAAAAAAUAUAUGAACAAGGAAGCCAUGAAUAGAACACGAGAAAUUAUUUUUCCGAUCGUUACAUUCACAGUUCUAAGUUCAGUUAUAGUUCAUGGAAUUACGGUGCCAAUACUUAAUAUUGGAUCAAAGAUUGAUAUUGAACGAUUACCAAGUAUCGCCAGCAUCGGUAAUCAUGUUGUUGAAAGUUUAACUUUAGAAAGGGAUUCUCAUGGACACGUCAAGAAGAAAGACAAAAUGAAAGCAGAAUAUGCUCGAAUUCCUUCUCGAAAUGGUCAAGAGGGGUGUUAUCAUGAUAUUCAUAAAACGAAAAUAGAAGAGGAGGAACUAGAAGGGGAAGAUGGAAAGGAUCAUGUUAGGACGGACAUUUUUGUUGAAAUUGAUGAAAAUAACCAGAGUAAUAGGCCUACUUUAAAUAGUCAAUUAAGUAAUUACUCGCAAGAAUUGAUAGAGGAUGACACCAUUACUGAUAUUGACAAUCGGAACAGGAAUGAAUAG